AUGUUAACAGCACGCCUUGACAAAACAAAAAGCAUGCGUGAGAACAUGGGAACCAAACUGGGACACACAUCCCUAAACCUCCAAAAAUACGAUGACGUCAAGAGCGGAGAGAAUGAUGAAGAGGAUGGCGAAAUUGAUGAGAGAGUUGAUAACGGUGUACAAGAAAAUUCAACACCAUCCUGCCACAAUGAAGAGCUUUACGCGGAAGUCGAUGUGGUGUACCGGCGGAUGACAAGUAAAAGAUCACCAUCGAAAGAAGUGGCUACAGAAAAUCGUCUUCGCUUUUUUGGUCAUAUAUUAAGGAGAAGAACAGAUCGUCUUGUUCAACGAGUUUUGCUAAGAGGACCUGAGGAAUAUGGAUAUGGAAUAGCGAAGAAUGCAUUGAUUCCGUGCAAGCUCUCGCAGAAGAUCGAGAAGGUUGGGCAGAGCUAUGUUCAAGGACAGCACACCUUGGGGAAGAUGCGUGUAACUGCGUCAGCCGGUGGCAGCAGCCCGCCGAUUAAAUCAACCAAGUCACGCGUCAGUAAAGAAGUUGGUGGAGUUGGUGUCCUCGUCAACACGAGUAUGGCAACGGGCAUCAAAUCUUUCGAACAGCACAGUAUCCGAAUCGGACGUUAA